UCUUGGAAGUAGGAGGGUGCCUUGUGGGGUGAGCGAGGUGUGGAGGACCAGGGUUUGGGGAGAUAUCCCCAGAGGUUAGGAGAAGAAGAAAGGUGAGGAAGGUAGCAUAGGAGCGGGAUGUACACGAGCGCACAUGCCUUCCAGUCCUGGUGUUUGGGUCAGCAGGAGAGUGAAGUAUCAGCAAGAGGUGAUGAGAGCAGUAGUAGGGAGAUGGAAGCAGUGAGGGUGGGAUGUACAAGUUUUGGGGUGGAGCAGAGGGAUGAAGAAGUGAUAUUUUGGGUACGCAGCAAAGUAAUAUGAAAAGGAGGAGUAGAGGGGACAU